CGGGUCACAGCAGGACUGCCAUAAGAAAACUCCUACCAAACACGCAGGCUUGCAGCCCCGCCACAUGUGUGCGCCUCUGAUAACACAAUCUGCAUGUUCAAAGCUGAAUGACUCGCAGGACGAAUGUGUGACAAAUGCGUAAAGCGAGAGGCUGGAUGCGCGGAGGGAGGAGUUUCAGCCUGCAAAUAGAAAAAAAAAAGUCCACGCCUGCAAAAUUGGGGUAAAUUUGGCAAUUUAAAUGUUUGUCCGAUAACUGACGGCCAAAAAAAGUGCUGAGUUGCAGACCGCUGAGCAUUUGCAUGAUAACUCACAGGAGAGAUGGACAUGAGCAGCCUAAACACAACGGACGUAAUGGACACAGAUCCCAGCAUCUCCUCUGGUGAGCCCAAGGUGAAGAGAGGCUUUGACCAAAAGAAGCGCUUCUACAUCAGACACACUCAUUGCUCACCAGGUUUUAUUUGCCAGAAUGAUCUCAGGAGAAAGACCCUCAAUGCUCAGCAGAAACAUGCUUAAAAAAAACAAGAGCUUGCAGGGUGUUCGUCAAUAGAAGUCUGACACUGGAAAACAUCAAAUGCUAUGGCUUCGACAUGGACUACACGCUUGCAAUAUAUAAGUCUCCUGACUAUGAGAGCAUGGGCUUUGAGCUGAUAAGAGACAGAGUGGUGUCUAUUGGUUACCCUCAUGAGCUUCUACGCUACACGUAUGACCCCAGCUUCCCCACACGCGGUUUAGUAAUUGACACCAGAUACGGGAACCUCCUGAAGGUGGAUUCAAACGGGAAUGUUUUGGUCUGCAGUCACGGCUUCCACUUCCUCAAAGGGGAAGACAUUCACAACUACUACCCCAACAAGUUCAUUCAAAGAGAUGACACCGACCGUUUCUACAUUCUUAACACUCUCUUCAAUCUCUCAGAGACUUAUCUCUACGCUUGCCUUGUGGACUUCUUCACCAGAUGCACCAGAUACAAAAACGUCCUGAAUGGUCACCACCACGGCGACUUGUUUAUGUCUUACAGAAGCAUGUACCAGGAUGUCCGAGAUGCAAUGGACUUUAUUCACGAUACGGGUACCUUGAAAGAACGAACAAUCAAGAAUUUGGAGAAAUACGUCGUAAGAGAUCCAAAUAUCGAUGCACUCUUGACUCGGGUUAAAGAAGUGGCUAAAGUCUUUCUUGCCACCAACAGUGACUACACCUACACUGAGGCCAUUAUGAAAUACCUGCUUGAAAAUGGCACUAAGUCUGGAAAUCAGAAAAAGUCCUGGCGUUCCUUCUUCGACCUUGUGGUUGUGGACACCAGAAAGCCGCUGUUCUUUGCAGAGGGGACUGUGUUGAGACAAGUAGACACGGACACAGGGAAGCUUCGGAUUGGGACUUACACAGGUGCCCUCCAGCAUGGAACAGUCUACUCUGGAGGAUCCUCGGACAUUGUCUGUGAUCUGCUGGAUGUCAAAGGUAAGGACAUCCUGUAUGUUGGAGACCACAUCUUCGGCGACAUCCUCAAAUCUAAGAAACGCCAGGGCUGGAAGACGUUCCUGGUUGUCCCGGAGCUCACCAAAGAGCUACAAGUGUGGGAUGAUAAGAAAAGUCUGUUUGAGGAGAUAAAACGUCUGGAUGUCAUCUUAACUGAGCUUUACAAACACCGGGGCAGCGGCAGUCGAGACUGUCCUGACAUCAGGGCUAUUCAGACCAGAAUGAAGGUGCUGACUUACAGAAUGGACAUGUCUCACGGCCAGAUGGGCAGCCUCCUGCGCAGCGGCUCCAGACAGACGCUGUUUGCCAGCCAGCUGAUGCGUUAUGCAGAUCUAUACUCUUCCACCUGCAUCAACCUGCUGCACUACCCCUUCAAUUAUCUUUUCACGUCUCCUCCAGUGCUGAUGCCCCACGAGGCAUUGUCUCAAAACACCGCCGACUUCACUUCAACAGAGCUCACUGUCAACCAUACUGUCAAGACGAACAUAAACUAAGUGCUGAAGACAAGAUGAGACAGAUGAGAUGUGCUUCUAUUUGACAGUUUUCACCUUUCCACAGCUGCCCAUGUAUGAGGGGUUUGUUGCAGUUAUGAUGUGCCUCCUUUACAACAAAUGUGACUUAUUGCUCCACCUGCUGGAUGUGAAUUGCUGUGCCAUAUAACGUUUACUAAAAAAAAAAAAAAAAAAACCCAAAAAAUAUGAAGUUGAGAGUUUAGGAUUGAAAGCAAAAGCAGACUCAGGGUUACUGUAUAUAUGUGUGAGAAUGUGUCUUAAUCUGCUUUUACAUUUAGUGCUGAAUAUGCACUUUAGGUUUUAAACUUUUACAAGAAGUCACAUUACUUAUUUGUUGUUUGUGAAAGUAACUUCUGUUGAAUCGUUUCAAUAAAUCAUUCAUGUUA